CGCCGCGGUCUCGCGAGAUGAGACUUGUGACGUUGUGACUAGCUCUCCGGCUGGAACCAAGGAGCUGGAUACUAACAGCAGUGGUCUUGGACUGCGGGCUGUGUUAAGAACAUCGGGUCUGGCCAGUGGAAAACGUUUGUGCUGGGCGAAAGAAUGGAUUUUUGUCAGUCAGCUUUAAUACUUUACAUGGUUUAUGCAUUACUCUGAAACACUAUCCGUGAGAAGAAAGUUCUACUGGAACUUUUAUUUUUCAAGUUUAUAAAUGUGGCAGAAGGCUUAUCUCUAUCCCAAUGUCAAAACAUAAUUUAAGGAGACUGAAAUUGUUUUCAAAUCAUAGAACCAUCAACAAAUUAUGGUUUAUUUGAGUAAAAUGACAAUGAUUAAAGAGGUAGCCAUUUUGGCUGCCUCACCUUUAAAUUACAUCAUGGAUCUUUACAUUUUGCAUCAGUUUUAACUGUUUCCUGCCUGGAUAAGAUCUGCUCCAAUGAUAUGGAAGUUCACAUGUCACAUGUGGCAUCUUUUGCCACUUCUGCGGAUAUAACACGGAUGCAUACUGGGUCUGCACGGAGAAGGUCAUAUACCUUAGACAGCUCUUUUCGUGAUAUCCAUGGCGACAUUUUUGAGAAGAGAGGUAAUUCCCAGACUAGACCAUACUCUCAUAAAGAACAUAGUUCUGCAGUCAAAUCAGCACUUAUAAGAGACAACUCGCAGAAUGAUAGCAAUCUCAGCUUCGGAGUCAUCCCGCAAGAACUUCAUUCGCGACUUCUUGACAUGAAGGAUUAUAAGUCCAGAACACAUGCAGUAGAGGAGCUCAAGGUCCUCAUUCAAGAUUGUGACUUCAGCGCAAUAUCACAUUCCAAUGUAGUUUCACUCAUCAACUUUUUAUGUACUUUACUAGAUGAUAAAAAUUUCACCGUUGUGCUUGUCACAUUGGAUGUUCUUAAUCAUUUAGUAUUAAAUCUUGGCCAUGGGGUGAAUGACUUUCUUCAACCUAUUAUAGCUUCCACAGUCAAACUUCUUGGAGACAGCAAAAUAGCUGUAAAGCAAGAAUACAUGAAAAUUUACAUGAGACUCAUGAAAGUAGUUGGACCUCACAAAAUAUUAAAUAUAUUGCUAGAUCAUUUAAAACACAAGAAUUCCAGGGUACGAGAAGAAGUAGUUAAUAUUUGUAUUAUUUCCCUCUUGACCUACCCAAGUGAAGAUUUUAAUUUAGCGUAUCUUGCUUGUGAAAUUGCUCCAUGUUUAAUAGAUAGCAAGAGAAAAGUUCGCCAUGCGGCCUUGGAAGCUUUUGCAGUCCUGGCUGCCACCAUGGGCACUGGAAAAUGUAAUCUUUUUAAGGCUGUGGAUGAAGUAGAGUUGCAAGAAAAUGGAGAGGGGCUCAUGAAUGCUGUCCAGGCCCGACUAGCACGAAAAUCACUUCCCAAAAUUACUUCGCAGGGUUUAGUAGAGUAUGCACUUCCUUUUCCUUCUUCGGCUCGCCAGAGAGCAACUCCUCAUCUGCCUGGAGCUGAUACAGACUGGCUGUUGACUGGUACUCGUAUUCACAGCGGUCAGUAUAAAUCUGGCGAUUCCAGUGGAAGAAGCACUGUACCUCAUAUCGAUCCUGUUGUUCGUAGAAUGUUAAGUGCAGGGAAAGGAAAAAAUAAGUUCCCUUGGGAAAAUCAGCACCCUGGAGGAUCGGAUAUAUUUUUAGGAAAUCAGCCUUCUGUUGUUAUGGAACCAGAUCAGUGCUCCUCACAGUUUGAUACUCGUCACACACCGAUAGUAAAAACUCCUACAGCUAAAACCAGAAAUUCCUCAAUCAGUCAGACACUUGCAAGUUCCAACAUAAACACGGAGCAUCAAAGUGCAGUCCCAGCUAAGAAUGGAUCUACUGUUCCAGUAAAAGCUACAUUAGUGAGAGUGCCAUCUGCUCGGAAAGAUCUAAAUAGAUCAAGACCAGUACCUCCCAUAACCAAAGGAGCAACAUCAUUACCCGACAUAAGUAAUGCUAUUUCCAGCAAAGCAAAGAAUGAUUCUCAGAAAACUGACAAUAUUAAUGAAGAUGAAAGUAUUGGAAUUGAUCUCUUGGAUUUACAUACAAAAGAUGAUGAUGACCGUGAUGAGAUGCUUAGUUCACUCCGUCAUCUGCGUAACAGCGCUGCUAAAAAGCGAGCCAAGAUAAGUGGAAGUCUGUCAGACCUUGACAGCCCGGACUCCAUGAAAAUGGAACUAAACAUGGAUUCUCCAUCUCUGACAUCUUCUCCUAUCAGUGGCUCCUACAGUGAGAGUGGAGUUUAUAGUCAAGAAUCCUGGAACUCACCAGUGUCUCCAACUCCACAGCCAAAAAAGAUAUCUGAUGUGACUAAAUCAAAAUCACGGCCUCCAAGGCUUCCCUCCCCACGGAGUAAGGAUGGCUACAAAAAAACAGACGGCCUCCAUCAGGGAGACUCUGCAAAUGAGAAACAAGUGAGAAUAAUUGGACAGCGGCUGAACUACAAAAAUGGUGCCGUGGAUGGUGAAGAAGAUAUCUUAAAAGAUAUCUUGUCUGGUCCUAUGAAAAAUCUCAUUAAAGAUGUUCAAAAACAACCAUUAAAACCAAUGAAAGGAAUCAUGGCCUCAACCACCAGUUUUCAGCAAGUUAGUGCCUUUCACUGUGAUUUGACAGAGGAUUCUGUGGCCAUAAUUGGAAAAGGGGUCUUUGAAACUCUCCCACCUCCGUACCAGUCACACAGUCAGUCUUCCCUCUCAGCCACUGAUGAUAUGACUCCUGCCAAGCAGAACAUUCAACCCCCAGCAGGUAUAUAUGGGAGAGCAGUCCAGCAGAAUAGUCAUGCUGUUGAAAAUGAGGUAAAAGUAACCAUAUCAAAAUCAGCCAGAGAAAAGAUGAGACAAAGAAGAGAAAAUAGCCUGAAAGAACUUGAAUCCAGGGAACCUGAAAAGAAAGAGCAAAUUCCAAGACAAAGACUUUCUCAGACUGAACCUAACUGGGCCUUUGUAGAAUCACGGAGACCUGCAUCUGAAAGUCUUGAGAGCUUUGAAAUUAGCCCACCAUCCUUAAAAAGAACUUCAAGUCUGAAAAGAACUUCAGCACAAGGAAGCCCUUACAAAGAGAGAAAGUCCUCUAAUAGUCGUACAUCUGAGGUUAUCGAUCCCUUUGGACUGAGAGAACUACCCAGGCCAGAGAAUUCGGUUGCUGAAGCAUUUAGACUCUUGGCUGAUGAUGAUUGGGAAAAGAAGAUUGAGGGGCUGGGUUUAGUUCGAUCUCUGUCUGUAUUUCAUUCUGAUCUGUUGACUGAAAGACUUCAUGACCUAAAAAUUGCAGUUAUUCAAGAGGUAAAGAACUUGCGCUCCAGUGUCUCCCGUGCAGCAAUUGUUUGUUUAGGAGACAUGUUUUCAAGCCUGAAGAAGAACAUGGAUCAUGAAUUAGACAACUGUGUCCGGAUGCUCUUACACAAAGCUGGAGAAUCCAACGUCUUUAUCCGAGAGGAUGUAGACAGAACACUUGAUGCCAUGGUGCAGAACGUGACACCAGCACGUGCUCUGGCUGCCCUCAUAAAUGGAGGACAAAGCCACUUGAACAAUGCUGUUAAAAAAUGUGCAGCACAACAUAUGUCAGACUUGGUGGAAAAAAUGGGACCUGGGCGUAUCUUAUCUGGGGUAAGGGACAUCACAGAUCGGGCUCUUGCAGCUAUUGCCAAAUUUGCACAGGAUGGUUCACAGGAAACCAGAUUCUUUGGACGAAAGAUGCUUCACUUCUUGAUGUCACAUCCAGAUUUUGACAGAAUGUUGGAAAAGUAUAUCCCAGACCGGGACUUACCUUACAUAAAGGAUCUGAUAAAAAAUAUACAACAGAAGGGAGUAGGAGAGAUCCAAGAUACUACUUCAGCCCGAGGCAGGCGCUCUUAUCAUGGAAGUGUGAGCAGCCUUAGAGCUUCAUCCAUGUCACAGAAUGCCCAUAUUUCUCCUGAGAGUGGUACCCAUAGAGAUGCAAAGCCUUGAUGAACAUGAACUCUGAGGACACCAGCCAAUAUGACUAAACACUUAAAAGAGAUUAAGGGAAUUAGCAUAAUACCUAUUAUAUCUUUCACCAUCAUAUGACAACUCCUGGAUAUACUUCCUCAGUUAUUAAAGCCAGACAAGUAUUAUAUGUAAUUAAUUGCAGGUCAUGUGGACGUGGAAGUUAUAUUCAACUGCUCUGUAUAUGUCAUGGCAAUAUUCACCGAUGUUGAUCACUGAAUAUCUCUUUAACCUUAAAUUUAAUAUGCUGUGCCAGCGUCAGAGAUUCCUAAAACAGUAAGUGCAUUAAAAUGCCAGAUUUCUAUUGUCACUUUAUAUUUCUUUUUCUUUAGCCAUUCACCUAUCUGUCUGCUGUUCAAAGCGCUGCCUGGUUGUUUGGCUCAGUGGGGCCUUAGCAGGUAGAAUCCAGGUAAAAUAGCAAACUUUAGAGCAAAAAAAGAAAUAGAAAAAAAAAACAUCAAAAAUGAGUACAGCUUAGUUAAAUUUGAGGUUUUAUUACUUUUGCUUUCUGCAAUUGUUUCCAAAUAAUGCAAAGUAUGUUUAUGUAAGUUCACAUUGCAAAUUGUUUUUUUUGCAUAUCUUAUAUAGAAUUGAACAAAACAAGAGUAUGGAACAUCCCAGUUAUAAUUUCACUAUAUUAAUAUAUUCAAAGGUUAUAAAGUUGGAACAGAGUAUAGAAAUUAUUGAAAAAAAGACCUUAACAUUUCUGCUAAUUAAAAAAGGCGUAUGCUGACUUGUUUUUUUCAACACAAUAAUCAAGUCUCACAUCAGUUGCUUCCAGGAGCAUUACAGGCAGACACCAUAUUCUAAGAUCAUAUCAGAUACGUUUUUUUCUCGCCAUUGUAGAAACACCUAAAUUCCCCUUCCCCAGUGGCACCUCCUGUUGAAUAUAAUACCUGUGUAAGCUAUGAAUGGUGGUUUUAGUUAGACUCUGUUAGAGACUGAUGUGGUGUUUUCUCCACCAGUGUAAUAAUUAGCUGUAAUGAUUCCUUAAUGACCAUGUAAUUUUAUGUUAUGGACUGCAGCAGUUGUUUUUUAAUCCAAAAGUUAAAAAUGAUAGAAAGGUAAUAGCCGGAUGGCAUUUUAACUUUUUUUAUGUUUAGUUUUAAACACAAGUGUAAAGUGUGCUUUAGUAUUAUCUGUUUGAUUUGUUAGAUAUUCUGUGAAAUGAUGGUUUUAAGUUAUAGUGGAUUGUUUGGCAUUUUAGUUUGUAAAUACCAGGCUCCUGUAGAUAAUAACAUGAUGAUAACAUCAAUAACAUUAUUUGCUGUAACAAUGGAAUGAUUUACAGGUAGUAAAACGUAACAAACAGCGCGUACAUUUAAAUUAUUAAAAUUUUGUUGUUGCACAGAAAAGAAAAUGUAUUUUCAUUACAAAGGAAAAAAAAAGUUUUGGUCUGUAUAUGGGCAGUAAACGAUUGCCCUUUCCAGUGUUUUAAUGAGGCCUUUUUUUGCCAUGAAGCGUUGCCUGGCAUUGCUUGGUUCUGCUCCUGCCCCCACCCCAAGAGCCAUGGGUAGAAUACUUUUUACAGUAGGACUGUGCGCUGUAUUUGCACAGUGCACAGAACUAUCGGCAUCUGCCAUCUACACCCAUGGAAAUAUUUGCCUUGUUAAUUAUGUGUAGUACAGAAUGCUACACAAACCCUAGCACUUUAGAGUGAAUUUGUAAGGAAGUUAUUGGGCACGAGGACCAUAGGAAUGUAUGGGAACUGGGUGAGCUGUGCAUUGCCAGCACGUAACUUUUUGUUCUGAUUUGAUCAUGGUCAGUAUAGGAAAAGCUGCUUUUUCUCUUCUGGUUUUGUAAUUAUAGAAAAAUCUGCUUUUAAAGGAAACACAUCUUAAAAUUGUUUCAUGUUUUUGCCCUUCUGUUUUGCCUCUAUUCAACCUUAAAUUUAACAGAGAUUCCUAGAGACAGUAGAUCUGUUUAGAGGCCACAUUUGGUCCCUGCACGUGGGUGAGUUGGCCAAAUAUCUGCUGUUUUGUUGACUUGGAGAAAAAAAGCCUGCCUUCUGUGUAUAGUUGUAAAAGGCCUAUGGCACAUGGGGAAAUUGGUGCUGCCCAUGGGCAACAAAUCUUCCAAAAAAACACCUCUGCCUUGGUGUCAGUGGCAGUUUCCGGCGCUAAAACAUGUGAAUCGUGAUGUUUUUGUUUGUUCCUACUACUUUGAAAUUUAAAGUAAGAGUUAAGUUUAUUAAGUUAUUACUUAUAAUAUUCCUGUAUAAAAUGGAGCUGGGACACAGAUUUAAAAUAGUUCCUGAUAAAUAGUGACCGCAAUGGCAUCUUAUAGCCGCCCAGUGAACAACUAAAUCACCCGGAAUAGGACUAAUUAUAAUACUAUACUAUUAUAGCCUGCUGCAGUCAGCAGUAGGCAGGUAGGCUUGCCCGUUUGACAUCACAGCUGACAUUUCAGCUAACCUGGCCAAGCGCUGAGCUUUCGUCAGUGGCCCUAAGCAAGUGCUAGAAAUGGGCCAGAAUAUGUAAUUCAGGAAGUAAGUAGCCACCUCAUCCAAUGCAAUGCCAUAAAAAAUGUUUUCUGUCUGGCCUUUGCCUAACACUACAGUUCAAAAGUGCUUUUAGUAUCAACCCUUUUGUGAUUAGACAUGCUUAAGCUGUUUUUUAAAAUGAUGUGCCCAGCCGUAUCAUACCUUCUGCGCUUCAUAUAGAAUAGGUGGCCACAGUGGCCACCAGCUGUCAUAUUUAUACACUUUAUGCUGGCGCUCUUCUCUUUUGUGACUUUGUUAAGUAUAAUGCAUUGCUUUCCGUAGAUGCUGAUGGAAUUAGACACAGUUAUACCAGCGUGGCCCUGCUUUAUACCCCAGGCUAUAUGAUAGGACCUUUAAACAAUGUGAAUUCAGUGUGUAGGUGUACACACCAUGUCUUUUUCUUUUCCCAGUGCCACCCACUGGCACUGCAAGCCAUGUUAGCAUAUGUGUAUCUAGUGCAUUAAUGGGAUCUCUGUGCUGACAGAUACAGAGAAAAAGACCUGAAAUUACAUAAAUUGCUCAGCUUUUAUGAUUGUGCCACCUUCAUAAAUGCUCGCCAUUUGGAAUCAUUUCAUAAAAAUAAGCUGCUUGAGAUCUAUAGGCUGAAAAUCUCCCUCUGCUGCUUGUUUCAGAUGCCUCAAAUCAGUGGGUCUCGGCAAGAGUAGUAGACUUUUACCACUUACCACUGGUAGGCCACGCAGCCCUCAGAUUGUAUUUUCAUUAUUUAUUCAAACCUUUGUCUUUUGGCAUGUUGAUAUCUUCUGACUGUCUGUGACAUUCACAGGAUCUUUAUUUCAACAGGGACGCUUGGGGUGUGGGUUUCUGUCGGUACAGAAUCUAUUGUUGCCUUGUGUUGUUGAUCUAUGUAUGUAUAUAUGUACAUGUAUGAAAUUAUAUCUGAAUAUUGUGAAAUCAUGCUAAGAUUUGUUUUUUAAUGAUCCUCUAAUACACCCAUUAGGUAUAUUAGUAAUAUGUGACACUACAGCUGUUGCUGAACAGGCACCCCCUAUUGCUUUUUGAGGGUGCCAGCAGUUCUGCAACAACCAGCCAUACUUCACAGGUACAAUAAGUUUAUUGUAAUGAAUAUCUUUGUGCAAAUAUAAUUAUGUUUUGGAGAAGAAGAUUUGUAAAUGGUGUGACCAGGACAGAGUAUUUUUGAGAUUUUUUUUUUCUACACUGCUAUAUUUUUUUACUUUUUGUUUCUGGUUAUGUUGGUAUGCUUACUUGACAUUCAUAUUAUGAGAGAUUUAUCACAUUCAGUGUAUGUAUGUAUUAAAUAUAUAUUUUUAAUGAUCUAUAUUAAAAUAAAAUAUUUUUUUCCAUU